UGCUUAUCCUCACUAGGGUCGUGGGCGUGCUGGAGCCUAUCCCACACCCACAAUGCAUGUUUUUGGGAUGUGGGAGGAAACCGGAGUACCCGGAGAAAACCCACGCAGGCACGGGGAGAACAUGCAAACGAGCGCCCUGUCAUGUGGAGAUGAUGGAAAUGUUGUCACACGUCAGAGGGACAUCGGCGUUCUUUAGAGACUCCUUCAGGACGGGCAGUUGUAACACGCUCACUCAGGUGACUCGUGCCUGCAGCACUCUGUUGACUGGCAGCAGCAAAGGGGGUCUUGUCCUGUACUCCCAAUCCAGCGACGUAUAUGACAACCUUUCCCUGGAGGACUGGAUCGAUGCCAAUGUGGACCUGAAGCGACUGAACGUUCUGCUGCUGUGGCGCAACACGCCGGCUGUGGUCAUCGGGCGACACCAGAAUCCAUGGAAGGAGUGCAAUCUGUCGCUCGUGAGGCGUUCCGGGAUAUCUUUAGCUCGCAGGCGAAGUGGUGGAGGCACAGUCUUUCAUGACCUAGGGAACUUGAACUUGACCUUCUUUGCUUCCAAGAAUGCGUACGACCGCCAGAGGAACCUGAAGGUCAUCACAGAGGCCCUGAGGCGUCUCCGACCCGGACUGGAUGUUGAGGCCACCGAAAGGUUCGACAUCUUCCUCAAGGGGUGCUACAAAAUCACAGGAAGUGCGUCUAGAAUCAGCCGGAAGUCAUCCUACCAUCACUGCACCCUGCUGCACUCUGCCGACCACUCCACCCUCUUGCCCAUCUUGCGCUCCUCCUGCCAGGGUGUCCACAGCAAUGCCACACCCAGUGUGCCAUCUCCUGUGGCCAACCUGGUGGACCAUGACCCCACACUGAAGUGGGAGGCGCUACUGGAUGCGUUGGCAGAUCAGUACAGUGCAGAGUUUGGCGGCUGCGGCACAAUGAAUGCGGUGAACCCUGCUGAUGAGUCCACAUUUCCUGGUCUCAGCAGGAUCUCAGCAGAGCUGCGAGGAUGGGACUGGAUCUUUGGAAAGACACCCAAGUUCAGUAUCCAAACUCUGCUGAAAAUGACCGAUGACCUUUCAUCGGCCGGACGCACGGUCAGGCUGCAUUUGGAAAUCAAGCACGGUGUGAUUGAGAGCUGUAGCUUGGACGUUCCCACCUGCUGGCUUCCGCCCAGCCUAAGCAGUGAGCUGAGCAGCGUGCUGGUGGGACAGCGAUUUUGUCCACAUCACACUGCUGUAGCUUUUUCGAUGCUGUUACGUUGCGAGAGUGGCGAGAAGCAGAACAGACUGCGGAGACUUUGUGAUGCCAUAUUGGCAGUCAUGGGCUAAAACAAACAGAAACUGGGGUAACCCAUGUUAAUCCCAAUGUUGUGGCCUUUGAGGAAUUCCCGCAUUGUUCAGUUUGUAUAACACCUGAUGUAAGAUGUUCAAAUCAGUGAAAACCUUAUAUCGUGAACCCCCACUACUCUCAGGGGUUUGGGACCGGGCCCGACCGCAAGUAGUGAAAAUGUGAAUUUUAUUUUUUUAAUUUAACAAAUAAAAUAAAAUUUGAAUAAGCA